CGGCACUUCCGGUCGGACAUGACGCCACAGUGUCAACAUGCAAGAUGGCGGCGCAUCACCGGCAGAACACGGCGGGGCGCCGGAAAGUGCAGGUCUCCUAUGUGAUUAGAGAUGAGGUGGAGAAGUACAACCGGAACGGGGUAAAUGCACUUCAGCUGGAUCCAGCACUGAACAGACUCUUCACAGCAGGCCGGGACUCCAUCAUAAGGAUAUGGAGUGUCAAUCAGCACAAGCAAGACCCUUAUAUAGCAUCUAUGGAACACCACACAGAUUGGGUAAAUGACAUUGUGCUCUGCUGCAAUGGUAAAACAUUGAUAUCUGCUUCUUCAGAUACUACUGUUAAAGUGUGGAAUGCACAUAAGGGAUUUUGCAUGUCAACACUAAGGACGCAUAAGGAUUAUGUGAAAGCAUUGGCAUAUGCAAAAGACAAGGAGCUGGUAGCAUCUGCUGGGUUGGACAGACAGAUAUUCCUCUGGGAUGUAAAUACUCUAACAGCACUGACUGCCUCAAAUAACACUGUAACAACUUCUUCCCUGAGUGGGAACAAAGACUCAAUCUACAGCCUUGCAAUGAAUCAAAUGGGAACAGUUAUUGUAUCAGGGUCCACUGAAAAGGUUCUAAGGGUGUGGGAUCCAAGAACUUGUGCAAAACUAAUGAAACUCAAAGGGCACACAGACAAUGUGAAAGCUUUGUUGUUGAACAGAGAUGGCACCCAGUGUCUUUCAGGCAGCUCUGAUGGGACUAUCCGCCUGUGGUCACUUGGGCAGCAGAGGUGCAUAGCCACAUAUCGAGUCCAUGAUGAGGGUGUUUGGGCUCUGCAGGUCAAUGAAGCCUUCACUCAUGUUUAUUCAGGAGGAAGAGACAGGAAGAUUUACUGUACAGAUUUACGAAAUCCUGAUAUCCGUGUGCUUAUCUGUGAAGAAAAAGCACCAGUUCUUAAGAUGGAACUUGAUAGAUCAGCUGAUCCUCCUCCAGCACUUUGGGUUGCAACAACUAAAUCCUCUGUGAAUAAAUGGACUUUGAAGGGAAUUCAUAAUUUUAGAGCAUCAGGAGAUUAUGAUAAUGAUUGUACCAAUCCCAUACCACCCCUGUGUACACAGCCUGACCAAGUUAUAAAAGGGGGUGCUAGUAUUAUUCAGUGCCACAUUCUUAAUGACAAGAGACACAUAUUAACCAAAGACACAAACAAUAAUGUGGCAUACUGGGAUGUCUUGAAGGCAUGUAAAGUUGAAGACCUUGGGAAAGUAGACUUUGAAGAAGAAAUUAAGAAGAGAUUUAAAAUGGUGUAUGUGCCAAACUGGUUCUCAGUAGACUUGAAAACUGGGAUGUUGACAAUUACUUUGGAUGAAAGUGACUGCUUUGCAGCCUGGGUUUCAGCAAAGGAUGCUGGAUUUAGCAGUCCAGAUGGUUCUGAUCCAAAAUUAAACCUUGGAGGGCUUCUGCUACAAGCACUUCUGGAGUAUUGGCCUAGAACACAUAUCAAUCCAAUGGAUGAAGAAGAAAAUGAGAUGAACCAUGUGAAUGGUGAGCAGGAGAACAGAGUCCAGAAAGGAAAUGGAUACUUCCAAGUGCCACCACAUACACCAGUUAUUUUUGGUGAGGCUGGAGGACGCACUUUGUUCAGGUUAUUAUGUCGGGAUUCAGGUGGAGAAACCGAGUCUAUGCUUCUUAAUGAAACUGUGCCACAAUGGGUAAUUGACAUCACUGUGGAUAAAAAUAUGCCCAAGUUCAAUAAGAUUCCUUUCUACCUCCAACCUCAUUCAUCAUCAGGGGCAAAAACUCUAAAAAAAGACCGACUGUCAGCAAGUGACAUGCUUCAGGUGAGGAAAGUGAUGGAACACGUGUAUGAGAAAAUCAUAAACUUGGAUAAUGAGUCUCAGACAACCAGCUCUUCCAACAAUGAAAAAACAGGAGAACAAGAAAAAGAGGAGGACAUCGCUGUGCUAGCAGAGGAGAAGAUUGAACUUCUGUGCCAGGACCAGGUUUUGGAUCCGAACAUGGACCUUCGAACUGUAAAACACUUCAUUUGGAAGAGCGGUGGGGACCUGACGCUUCACUAUCGCCAGAAAUCAACGUGAGGGGAGCACGGACCCAAGUGGUUCAUUAUUUACUUGACCAUACUGUACUGGUUCCAAGAGUAGUACUAUAGAAGCCCACUGAACCCCUAAGGUAGAUGAGACUGCUAAUGACUCAGUAUGGACGGGAAGUAUGCAUUUAAUUGAAGUGACUAAUAGAUCUGUAAUAUAGAGGAAAAAAAAUCCAUAUGACUUAAACUAAAGUCUGUCCUCCUCUCAGUCAGUGAGGUGGGAAGUUCCUGAGUGGUUCAUGUUGUGUGAGGUGUACAGAGAGUGGAUGAUAACCCAGUGCAGACUUUUGCUUCCUCCUUUUUGCUUUUGUUUUUUUUUUUUCCAGAACAUAAUAUAGUCAUCUGCUCAUGCUCGACAUGAAACUGGUUUGGCCAUAUUAGUUGCUGUGUUCACAAUGUAAUUCAGAACUGCACAGAAGGUAUUUUUGGUACAUUCCAUUCAUAAAGUUCCAGCAAUGAUUUCUCACAGGUUACUCAAACAUUUCUGCCACUAAAAGAAAUUUGGAAAAGAAAAAAACCCAGAAAAUACGUAUUGUAUUGUAAUUCAUACUUGAAUUAAUUGGCCCAUUUAAUUGUAAACAAAGGGUUAACUUUAGAAUUUUUGUAAUUGCUUUAGAGAGCUUUUGAUGUGCAAGAUAAGAACACUAGAAAAAUAUCAGAGCAGGGUGAGUCUAAUGAUGCUGUGCAUCAUUAUAGAGUGAACAUGCUUUGCAGCAACUUAGAGAUUUUUUUUUUAAUUAUAUAUAACUACUUCCUACGCUGUGUCCUAGGUGUUCUAAAGACACACUAGUCUAAUUUUUGGUAACUGUUCUCCAAAACUAUGUGACAUUUUGUUAAAACUUCAAACCAUUCUGAAUAUAACUUAAUAUGUUUAAUGUUAAACUUUAGAAACUUCUCUGCAGAUUUCAUGUUCAUGAGAUAAAAAUACUGAUUUUUCUUUUCUGAAGUUUUAUAUGCAGUUGUUCUUUUGUUAUAGAUUUGUGCAGAUAUUGUUUUCCCUGCUAUUUCUAAAAAUCUGUGACUGUCA